UGCCCCCUGCUGAGCCCCCCGCUCCCUGCCCCCCAGGCUCGGACGUGGUGGACUGGCUCUAUCACCACGUCGAGGGCUUCCAGGACCGGCGCGAGGCCCGGAAAUACGCCAGCAACCUGCUGAAAGCCGGCUUCAUCCGGCACACGGUGAACAAGAUCACCUUCUCCGAGCAGUGCUACUAUGUCUUCGGGGACCUGCGCGGCUGCGAGAACUGUGAGCGGCCCCCCACGGCCCCCCAGGGGCUGAGCUCCAGGCUGGGGGGCGGGGGCCAGGCCCGACCUGGGGGGAUGCCGAGCCGAACCGGGCUGGGGUGUCUUAAACAAGGGGGUCCCCCCCGCUCUCUCUUUCCCGACUUGGGAUCUGUCAAUCCCUGCGCCCCACCCAGCCCCCGGGCCUACUAA